AUGAUUAAACAAUUAAACAGAUGCGUUGUGGAAACACAUGUAUUGCAGAAAGUGUUAUGCAAGCGUCUCGAUGGCUUGAUAUCAAGAUGCGGCCCAACGCCUCCAGUUUUACCUUCGUUUAGAGAAAAUCCGAAAACUUGUGAGAAUCAAAAGCCAGAUGACUUUGAGUUGGGAAUUUUCAAGCCGGAUAUGCCACAUUAG